AUGGAGAAAAAAACGAUACUUUUGCUUUUCUUCACGUUUAAUCCUAAUUGCAGCUUUGUGGAUAUCCAUGUUCUGAACUUGGGAACAGAUUAUCUCGACUGCUUUCUUGAAAACAUCAUAUAUGUUCCGAUGGAUUUAAAUAUAAUGUCACCGUUAGAUUUGUCGAGUGUCAGGUGCAAAGUGAAUGGCUUACAUCUGUUGAACCUUACGGACCCUUUUGUCGAGGUCUCUAUUUCCUGUAGAGGGAAGCAUGUUGUGGCUGCUGCGGGUGAAGUUCAUUUAGAGAAAUGCGUGACAGAUUUAAAGGAGAGGUUUGCGAAGGUGAGACUUAAAGUAUCGCCUCCGCUCGUCUCCGAAUAUGUGGAGAAAACAACACUACUUUUCGUGCCACAGAAUAUUGUCACUGCCAGGAAGCUCAUUGAUGCCGUGAGGAGGCGCAAGGGGCUUCCCGUGGAGGAAAAAAUGGUGUACCAUGCCACCAAGCAGAGGACUUUGGCUCGU